UUCGAGGAAGGCAAUAUAUUUUUAACUUAAUUUUGAAGAGUAAAUUGUUUUUUUAUUUUGAAAUGAGUAAAACACGAGGAUCAAUUAAAUCAGAAAUAAAAAGUUUUACAGCUACAAAGUUAGAAGAGGAACCAGUGAAAGUUUUUUUAAUACACAGGGAUUUAUUUGAAGGACCAGAAGAUCUCGCUGAAAUAGAAUUUUUAAAAUUGAGGAAUCCUGGAACAGAAAAACUUUCAUAUUAUGCAUUAGAUUCAGCUCAUAAACAAUUUUAUCAAUUAAUGCAAUUCAAUCAGCCUAAUCGAAGUUUUUUUAUUGAUGACUUUGUCAGCUCUGACGGGAAGGUUUAUAUUACGCAGCCUUUAGAUAUCAAGUUUUUAUUCUUGUAUUAUAUUCGAAAAUACGCUAGUAAUAAAGCUAUUGCUAUUGAUCAAAUCUACGAUGCAGAAAGCAGUGUUACGGUUGAAAUUUUAUCAAAAUACGCAAAUAAAGAAGAAUUAGAAAAAAUUUGUGACAUCAAGGAAUAUUCAAAUGAUUUAUUUUUUGUUAAGUAUAAUCAAAUCAAAUCCUUGGCAUGGUUAUCGUUAGUGACUAAGAAAAUUGUAGAUAAUUUAAAAAAAGCGAAAAUAAAUACAGGUGGAGCGGGAGCUCAAUCAGCUAACUAUGAAAAAUCUAGCUUUUUGGAUGAAAAUGUAAGUGAAGAUAAAAUAUUGACAUAUGCAUGGGGCGUGAUUGGAACAUUUUUAACGGAAGAUUUACAUUUAGAACUAGCAAAUUACAUGAAAGUAACUAUACCAGCACCGAAAUCAGUUAUAGAAGAACCCAAAAAACAAAGUGGAAAAAGGAAGCCUCUGGAAGAAGUUGAUGAUGAAAUAAAUAAUAAAAAAUUAAAAAUGGAAGUAGUAAUUUCCUCCCCAGAACAGAAUACUCAGAAAGUUAAGGAAAAAUUACCGACAAUGAAAGAAAAGCAAUUGGCUAAAGCAGCAUCUGGAACAAAGAGUAUAAUGUCAUUUUUCAAAAAGUAAUUAAUUUUACACAUAUUAUGAAAUUAUAAGGCAUUUAAUUAAUAUGAUAAAAAUCAAACAAUUAUUUUAGAAGAAAUUUUAUAUAAGUUAUUUUUUAUUUUUAUUGCUAUAAUCAAAAAAUUAUAUAUUUCAGUUUAGU